AUAUUGCUCUGUCAGCAAUUUCAACAAUGGGGGUCAUGUAUCCUUUAGUUACGAGGUCAGGUAUAAAAGCAACGGGAGGACAUCGAGGAAACCACAGUCGUACUGAGCCAAACAAUUGUAACUGUAACCAUGACUAUGGGCAAGAUCAUCUUCUACGAGGACAGGAACUUCCAGGGACGUUCCUAUGAGUCCACCAAUGACUGCUCUGACAUGUCCUCCCACCUGAGCAGGUGCCAGUCCUGCAGGGUGGAGAGCGGCUGCUUCAUGGUCUACGACCGCAACAACUACAUGGGAAACCAGUUCUUCGUCAGGAGGGGAGAGUACUCUGACUACCAGCGUAUGGGCAUGAGUGAUUGCAUCAGGUCUUGCCGCAAUAUCCCCAUGCACAGAGGCCAGUUCAGGAUGAAGAUCUUCGAGAGGGAGAACUUCCAGGGACAGAGUCAUGAGCUGAUGGACGACUGCGACAACAUGCAGGACCGCUACCGCAUGAACGACUGCCAGUCCUGCAACGUGAUGGACGGCCACUGGCUGAUGUACGAGCAGCCCCAAUUCAGAGGCAAGAUGAUGUACCUGAGGCCCGGAGAGUACAAGAGCUUCAGGGACAUGGGCAUGAGCGGCAUGAGGUUCUCAAGCAUGAGGCGCAUCAUGGAUUCCUGCAAUUAAAACGCAGCACUAUUUUAAAUAAAUCUAAUGAUGCUAAUUUAAA